GUUUUCAAAACCAAACAGUUCGAGUAUCUUAGUCGUGGCGUGCGUUUGUUAACCAAAAACAUAAGCGAAUUGUAAGAAAAGAAAUCAUACAAGAUUAUUAAAAUUCAAGAAAAAGAAAAGGAAAUUAUUUUUUUUGUUUUAUCCAAAAUCAAAAGCACAAAUUGCUUUUUUCAUUAAGUAAAGCAAAUAUUUAUGAAAAAUUAAAUAUAAAUUACCAACAAAAGAAAAAAGUUUUUUACCAAGAAUUUGUGUGGAAAAAUAAUAGCAAAAAAUAUACAAGAAAAUACCACAAAAACGAACCCAAAACGAAAACAACUUUCUUUCACAAUUAUAAUUACAACAGAAAAUAAAGAAGAAACAAAAAAAAAACAACAAAUCAACAAGAUUAUUGGAAUACAAAAACAACAUCUAUUUGAACUUUGUGAAAAUAAAAUCAAAAAUAAGCAUUUAUUUAAAACAACAAUAAUUUAGCAUCCACAUCAUUUUCAAAACAAGCACAUCUAGACCGACAGCAACACUAUCAUCUUGAAAACGACUAAAAAAUAUCAUCUGAGUUAUACAAAUUUUUACUACAUGAACAACCCACAAAAACCAGAAUAAACAUUUAUAAUCUUAAAUAUAAUUUAUAAUAGAGAACUUUAACUAUAACAAUUAAAAGGAGUAUUAAAAGGAGAUAAAAUGCCGGCGGAAACUAAAACAGCAACCGCCGCAGAAACGGAAACACCCACAAAGGGUAAAAAAUCGCCUGCCAAUAGUUCAAAGGCGGCUUUGGCGCGCAUCACCUUAUUGGAUGGCUCCAUUUUGGAUGUAACCAUUGAUCGCAAAGCCAAGGGCCGUGAUUUAAUAAAUUCCAUUUGUGCUGGCCUUAAUAUCCUGGAGAAAGACUACUUUGGUCUCACCUAUGAAACGCCCACAGAUCCCAGAAAUUGGCUGGACUUGGAGAAGCCAGUAUCAAAAUUCUUUCGCACUGAUCCUUGGGCUUUGAAUUUCGCUGUGAAAUUCUAUCCUCCCGAGCCAUCUCAGUUGCAAGAGGACAUCACCCGUUAUCAUUUGUGCUUGCAAGUACGCAAUGAUAUUUUGGAGGGCCGUCUGCCCUGCACAUUUGUCACGCAUGCCUUGUUGGGCUCGUAUUUGGUACAAUCGGAAAUGGGUGAUUACGAUCCCAAGGAUAUGCCCAAUCGCAAUUAUUUGAAGGAUUUCAAAAUUGCUCCAAAUCAAUCUACGGAAUUGGAGGAUAAAGUUAUGGAUUUACAUAAAACACACAAGGGCCAAUCACCAGCUGAGGCCGAAUUACAUUAUUUGGAAAAUGCCAAGAAAUUGGCCAUGUAUGGCGUGGACUUACAUCCAGCCAAGGAUUCUGAAGGCGUAGACAUCAUGUUGGGCGUUUGUGCCUCCGGUUUAUUGGUGUACAGAGACAAAUUACGCAUUAAUCGUUUUGCAUGGCCAAAAAUCUUGAAAAUCUCCUAUAAGCGUCAUCAUUUCUAUAUCAAAAUACGUCCCGGUGAAUUUGAACAGCAUGAGGUGACCAUUGGUUUCAAAUUGGCCAAUCAUAGAGCAGCGAAAAAGUUGUGGAAAUCUUGUGUAGAGCAUCAUACCUUCUUCCGUUUGAUGACACCAGAGCCACCAAACAAAUCUACGCUAUUCCCACGUUUUGGUUCGAAAUAUCGCUACUCGGGACGCACCAUGUAUGAGAGCCGCAAGAAUCCGGUAGAUCGUGAGGCACCCAAAUUCGAUAGAAGUUUGUCGGGCAGACGUUUGACCUCACGCUCAAUGGAUGCUUUGGCCUUGGCUGAAAAGGAGAAGGACUCACAAAAACGUCAUACCAUGGGCCAUCCACCAGAGCAUAUACCCGAUUUGGAUUCACCACGUAGCCGCAGUCCUUUGAAAAAGGAUAAAAAGGAGAAGGCUGCUGAAGAAGCAAAAUUGAAGGAGAAGAAACAAAAGGAAAAGGAGGAGAAGGAACGCAAAGAAAAGGAAAAGAAAGAAAAAGAGAAGAAAGAAAAGGAAGCCAAGGAAAAGGCUGCUAAGGACAAGGCAGCUGGAGGCAUGAAUGGCAAUGAUGAUUUGAAUGAUUCUCAGAAAUCGGAUAAACCUGGUAAACGUGGUGUUGGUUUAUUCUCUUCGGGUCGCAAGAGCAAGAGUGGUUCACCUUCUAAAGAGGGUAAGGACAAGAAUAAAUCCGGCCGACCUGGUGAACUAGAAUUGGCUGUGGCUGAUUCUGGUGAUCAGAACAAUUCUACUUCUCCAGGUUACACGAAACCUUACGAAUACACCGAUGCCGAUGGUGACAACAGUCCCACCCGUAAAUCUUACAUUCCUGGCGGUUUCCGUUAUGAUCAAGAUCCAGAUGGCAAACGUGGCCAUGAUGGCCAAGAACAAUUGUCGCCUGGCUCUCAGCAAAAGAAAAUUGGUUUGGCUUUCAAUUAUGCUCCCGGCAAUGAAGAGGAUUUGAAAAAACAAGCCGAAAAGCUAAAAUCUGGACAAUUAUCACCACGUACCCGUGACAAGCUCAACAAGGGCCAACUGUCGCCCAAAACAAAAGCAAAACUUUUGAAAGAAGCCAAUCUCUCGCCCGCCACAAAGGCCAAAUUGCAAGGCAGUGCUGUAGAUGCUGCUGCCAUACCAUUAAGUGAUGCCCAAAAGCGUUCAUAUUCUCCCUCCAAGAGUCCUACACAAGGUUAUGCUUCUGGUGCUCCAGGCAGCUACAAGCCUUUGGUGGAUCCCACUUCAGCAUUUUUGGAUUCCGAGAGGUAUAACAAGGAGCCGGCCUAUGUUGGUGCUUCCUCUACUGAUUCUACUCCCACUAAGGAAGGUCGUUCAUCAACUGCCUCCCCUCAAUCUGUGGGUAAAUCUUCUAUUCCUCCACCAACACCCGUUAGAACUGCUGCCUCUGGAGUUGGUAGCGCCACAGCGGUUGGUAAACCCAAGAAGAAACGUGUUAAGAUCAUGGUUAUCACUUCUAGAUUUGAUCCCUCCACCAAGAGAAUUAAUACCGAAAGUGGUCAAGUUGAACACUCUACUGGCAUUUUAGAUCCUGCUACUGGACUUAUUGACACUAAAUAUGGUGUGAUUGAUCCUAAGAAGGGAACUUUAAUGGCCUUGAACACCAAGACUGGCAAUAAUGAAACAUAUCAAGGUGAAGUUGAUCCCAAAACGGGUCAUAUUCAACUGGUUGCUGGCGUCACUGAUCCAUCUACCGGACGUUUGGAUGAAUCCUUGGGUCUUGUUAUGGCCAUUACUCCUCAAGAUGAUCCCGUUGUGGAAUUGACCGUGAUUACAAGCCGUAUCGAUCCUGCCACCGGCAAAGUUGACACUGUUAAUGGUGAGGUUGAGAGAUCAUUGGGUGUAUUGAAUAUGGAAUCUGGCUUGUUGGACACUAAAUACGGUGAAAUCAAUACCAGAACUGGCGAACUUAAGGCUAUUGACCCUAAAUCAGGCAAAAUUAUUGUCACCAAGAAUGUCAAGGUUGAUCCAGCCACUGGACAACUUACCAUUAUGGGUGUAUUAGAUCCUAAGACAGGUAAAUUAGACUCAAACCAAGCACGCCUUAUUGAAGUGGGUCAACAGAUUGAUCCCAUUGUAGAGGUUACAUCUUUGGCUGGUAAAUAUGAUUCAAAGAAGAACGUAAUCGAUCCCAAGACAGCUUUUGUGGAAACCUCGGGCGGUCAAUUCGAUCCCAGGGCCGGCAAGAUUGAUACCAAAUAUGGUCAAAUCGAUUUAGUGAAACACACCAUUACCUUUACCGAUCCCAAGUCUGGAAAAUCAGUUACACGUGACAUCAAAAUCGAUCCCGCUACUGGACAAAUUGUGCUAAAGAAUCAAAUUAAUCCCAAAAACAAUAAGCCAGACAAAGACUAUGCUCGCAUAAUAUCGCUGCGCAUUGUACAACAACGUGUGGAUCCCAAGACAAAGGCACCUAUUAGCCAAGUCAGCUCGGCCAAGGACAAGGAAAUUGUUAUCGAUCCCAAAUCCAAUCAAAUUUGGAUGCCUACUGGAGCUUUCGAUCCAGCCACCAAGGAACAACAAUAUAUUUCCAGUGCUGUUGAUCCCAAGACUGGCUAUGUCAUCACCAUCUACGGUUAUCUCAAUCCCAAAACCAACGAAAUCAAAAAACAAACCAAACUUGAUCCUAAUACCACUAAGAUUGAACCUUCUUCUGGCAAAAUCUACACAGCUACUGGUGAUUUAGAUGCUGCUACCGGUGAACCACUCUAUGCUACCACACAAGUUGAUGCCGACUCUGGUGAAGUUUACACGAAAUUGGCUCGCGUUGAUCCUAAGACAGGCAAACUGAUUGUUGUCAGAAUCUUGCUUAUCUCUAAGGUCGACGAAAGAGGCCGUCCCGAAGAAGUAGAUCCUCAAACCUGCGAAAUUGAUCCAGUAUCGGGUCGCGUCUUGAAAUUCUUUAAUAAAACCGUUUAUGUAUACAAUAUGAUUGAUCCCAUUACCGGUGAAAUUGUACAGGUGGACCCCAACGAUCCUCGUUUUGCUGGUGCCCGCACUACCGUUACCCACACCAUGACCUUGACUGGCGAAAUUGAUCCAGUAACCGGACGCAUUAAGAGCGAAUACGGUGACAUUGAUCCCAAUACCGGAGACAUUGAUCCGGCUACCGCUAUUAAGGAUCCCGUGACCGGUAAAUUGAUCUUGAAUUAUGCCCAAAUCGAUCCAUCACACUUUGGCAAACAGGCCCAAGUGAGCACUACUACUGAAACUGUACCUAUAACCAGACAACAAUUCUUCGAUGGCGUCAAACACAUGGGCAAGAAUGCGCUACGACGUGAUUCCGAGGCUAGCUCUGAAGAUGACAUGACACACGAAUACGAAACGGAAAAUGUUAAGGAAAUGGUGAUGGGCAGUCCGAAGAAGAGCGCAACACAAAAUCUGGGCAAAUAUGUGAGCACACCAACGGUAGUGAAGACAACAACCAAACAAGUAUUGACCAAGAACGAUGAUGGCGUGACACAUAACGUUGAGGAAGAAGUACGCAAUCUGGGUACCGGUGAGGUGACCUAUUCAACACAGGAACACAAGGCUGAUGCUCCAGCCGUCGAUUUGACCAGUGGUGCUUAUGUUACUGCCACCGCAGUAACAACUCGUACAGCCACCACACACGAAGAUUUGGGUAAAAAAGCCAAAACCGAACAGUUGGAAGAGAAAACAGUGGCCACCACAAGAACCCACGAUCCCAACAAACAAGAGCAACGUGUUGUAACCCAAGAAGUUAAGACCACAGCAACAGUAACCAGUGGAGAUCAGUUCCAAAGACGUGACAGUAUUUCCUCCACAAGUUCUGGAGAUUCUGGUACACCCAUCGAUGGUCCUUAUGAUGGAUCCACUGCUAUUUAUAAUACCACCUCAUAUAAGGAAUCUCCUAUGUAUCAAACAUCUGCCUCUACAUCAGCUACCACCACCGGCCCUCGUGUUGAACAAACCCGCGUUAUUUUAGGUGAAAAUUCUCCCGGCUAUACGGCCGAAGGUGAAAUUGUCUCCAGCCAAACGGUCAGCAGCAAAACACGUACCGUCGAAACCAUUACCUAUAAAACCGAACGAGAUGGCAUUGUUGAAACCCGUGUAGAACAAAAGAUUACCAUACAAUCAGAUGGAGAUCCAAUUGAUCAUGACCGAGCUUUAGCUGAGGCAAUACAGGAGGCAACAGCUAUGAAUCCAGACAUGACAGUGGAAAAGAUUGAAAUUCAACAACAAACCCAAUAAAUGUAGGAAUUUGAAAAAAAACAAUUUUUCAUUGAAAUAAACAAAUAAAAUAAAUUCUAAACGAGCACAGAAUGCACAGUAAAAUAAAACAAGAAACAAAAUAAAUAUUUAAAUUUAAUUAAAUUAAACAAAAAAAAAAAUAAAAAAUAUAGAAUAAACACCGACCACGCCCUCUCUAUUUCCUUCUCCACACCAUUAUAUACCUAAGCCCACAAUAAGAAUACUUGAAUGAAUGAAUAUAUAUGACAAAUUAUGUUUUUAUUUAAUUAAUUAUACAUUUUUUUAUUAAUUUUUUUUAUUAUUAUUAUUAUAAUUAAAUUUAAGCUUAUAAAUGUUGAAAGUAAAAUAAAAAGAAAAUAAUAU